ACGAGUGUCAGGUUUGCAACGUGUCGGUGUGUAGGUCGGCAUUUUUUAAAAAAUAUUGUUUUAUUUUAAACCUUGAAAAACGUACAGAUAUAUUAUUGGAAGUGUCUCCUUCGAUGAACCUUUUGACUUGAAGGUUUGCUGUUUCUGUAGGAUUAUAGAUAUUUGAGUAAUGGCAGAUCUAAUUGAUGGCCCUACACAGCCGUCAAUAUUAUCUAAAUUUGUUACUUUUCUUAGGCAGAGACAUCAAAAGUUUUUGGACGAUGUUACACCAUACAUGCCAAUACGUUGGAUAGUCACUUUUAUUCUAUUCUUAGUUUAUUCUGUGCGAUUUUUAUAUUUACAGGGUUGGUACAUUAUCACAUAUGCGUUGGGCAUAUAUUUACUAAAUUUAUUCAUUGCAUUUUUGUCACCAAGAAUUGAUCCUGCUUUAGAGCAAGAUUAUGAUGAUGAAGAUGAGGAUGGUCCUUCAUUACCAACAAGGUCUGAUGAAGAAUUCAAGCCAUUUAUUCGCAGACUUCCUGAAUUCAAAUUUUGGUAUGGCAGCACUAGAGCAAUCCUUAUUGCAUUGUUUUGCACUUUCUUUGAUGCAUUCAACAUUCCAGUGUUUUGGCCCAUUCUGGUCAUGUACUUUAUAAUAUUGUUUGUACUUACAAUGAAGCGACAAAUCAAGCACAUGAUCAAAUAUAAAUAUCUCCCUUUUACUCAUGGUAAAAGAAAGUACCAAGGAAAAGAUGAUACAGGGAAAUUGGUAAUCUCUUAAAUCAAUUGUUUUUGAAAGAUGAUGCAGAGCAGAAUGGGACCGUUGAGGAUACCUAAAUUAAUUAUAUUGAAAAUUGCAAGUUACAUCUGCAUUACUUUUGUGUAAAAUAAACUGUUGUUGGCCGUAGGCCACUUUUAUAAUACACAAAUAAUUGUGAAUUAAUAAUUAUAUAUAAAGAAAGAUUUAAAUGUGUGUACAUUUGAAAAUUAUUACGAACAACUGUUCACAGUCAA